CGUGACUCUGUUCUUCCUUGACGACACGCUAUGACCCGGAAGUCUUCAGGUCGGAGCAGCCAGGAUGGCGCCAAGAGGUUAGCACGUGUCACUCCGGCCUGCAUCCCACUACAUCCAAUCAAAUCUUGCAACCGAAUCGAGCCCAAGGAGCGGGCGUUCCUAGACGCAGCGGAGCGCGGGGACAAGCACACAAUGGUGCGCUGUCUGCAGCCGCCUUCGCCAGUGAACGUCAACUGCACGGACAUGAUCGGCCGCUCCGCUAUUCAGAUAGCAGUCGAUAAUGAAAACGUUGAAAUUGUGGAAGUUUUAUUGAAGCAAAAAGGUAUUAGAAUCGGCGACGCAUUACUAUAUGCUAUACGGGAAGGCGUGUACAAAAUUGUGGAAAUGUUGAUAGACCAUCCUUCCAUCACACCGGAAAUGCUUGGUAAAGAUUGGUCUUGGAGGAAUUUCGCAGGGGAAAACGGGGUCGCUGGCGAGAGUAACGACUACUCGCCUGACAUAUCUCCCAUGAUAUUGGCGGCACAUUGCAAUCAGUUUGAGAUCCUUCAGCUGCUACUGAUGCGGGGCGGCGUGAUCGACAUACCCCACCAGCUAUCAUGUUCCUGUCGCCGCUGCAGUGAGCGAGUCAACGAGGACAGCUUACGCCACUCAAUUCGACGCAUCAACACGUACCGCGCGCUCGCAAGCCCCGCGUGGGUCUGCCUGACCAGUGCAGACCCGGUCCUCACUGCCUUUAGACUUUCGUGGGAGCUCAGGAACCUGGCGCUCCGAGAGAACGAAUUCAAGGACACUUAUUUGGAGCUUAGCGACCAGUGCAAGAAGUUGUCGUGCAGCCUGCUGGACCAGUGUCGGUCCACGGAUGAAGUGAUCGCCGUCCUCAACAAGCCGCCUGAGAUUGACGAAUCGGAAGGGGAGGAUCGGGACACUGGGGACCUCUUACGAAUGUCGAGACUGAAACUGGCCAUAAAAUACGAACAAAAAGAGUUUGUGGCCCACCCUAACUGCCAGCAGCUGCUGACCAGCGUCUGGUACGAGGGCCUCCCCAGCUGGCGGAAGCGGAACCCGUUCACGAAGUUUCUCCUCUGCCUAGGUCUGAUACUUAUCAUGCCCUUCAUGGCCGCCAUCUAUUGGCUUGUUCCGCGAAGUCGACCCGCGCGUCUUCUGCGCAGUCCGUUCAUGAAGUUCCUGUACCAUAGCGCCUCGUUCGGCGUCUUCCUAUUGUUGCUUAUCGUCACUUCCGUUCAGGUGUCAAGUAUCGCCGGGCGUCAGAGGCAGCGGGGACCGCCCCCGACGGAGUUCGAGUGGCUUAUCAGUAUCUGGGUAGCAGGGUUCAUCUGGUCGGAGUGCAAGCAGCUGUGGGAGGAGGGGGCGAAGGCGUACCUCCGUCAGUGGUGGAACUGGCUGGACUUCAUCAUGCUUUCCCUCUACCUGACCACCAUCACUCUCCGCUUCCUCGCCUACAUCCAGAUCGAGUCUGGUCGAUACGGACCCCGGGAACUGGACCGGAAGUACUGGCCCCUGUACGACCCCACCAUUGUGUCCGAGGGGUUGUUUGCCGUCGCUAACGUGUUCAGCUUUGCCCGGAUCAUCUUCCUGUGCCAGGCGCACCAAUACCUAGGCCCGCUGCAGAUCUCCCUGGGCUGCAUGCUGGUAGAUAUCGCAAAGUUCCUCCUCAUCUUCUUCCUCGUCAUCACGUCAUUCGCGUGUGGUCUUAACCAGCUGUUCUGGUAUUACACGCCCACUAUUGACGGCAACGCGACGCCCUUCUACUCUCUAGAGAGCAGCUACCGCACGCUGUACUGGUCGCUAUUCGGCAUGGCGCAGCUGCGGGACAUCAAGGUGCUUGACGGUCAGGUGUUCACGGAAGUGGUCGGGGAGCUUCUCUUCAUGGCUUACCAGACCAUGGCGGUCAUCGUGCUCAUCAACAUGCUCAUCGCCAUGAUGUCAAACUCCUUCCAGGAAAUAGAGAACCACGCGGACAUGGAGUGGAAGUUCGCUCGUUCAAAGCUCUGGAUGGGCUACUUUGACGAGGGUUCCACACUCCCCCCGCCAUUCAACCUCGUCAUCAGUCCCAAGGCUGUCGUCUACUUCGCGCGCACCUGCAGAGAUCUCGUCUGCGCAUGCCUGCAAAACCGGAAGUCCGCCAAACAAAAACUGAAGUCACCUGUGACUUCGGAUGGACGGUUUCCUAUUCCGUCAUUUGACAGCGUCGACAGCGUUACCGGAGCCAAAGUUUCGCGCCUGUCAACUUACGAGCACGCGCAUUGCUGUUGUCGUCUGCAGGAGAUCAUGCGAAGGCUGGUGACGCGCUACAUCCACCAGGCGAAGAAACAGAGCCGCCAGAACGGGGUAAACGAGGAUGACAUACUGGAAAUCAAACAAGACAUCUCCAGUCUGAGGUACGAACUGCGUGAAGACAGGCUGCGAGAGGCGGGUCGCAAAGAGAGCUACUUAUCGGUCCUCAGAAAAGACAUUUCGGAAAUGUUCAGAGACGUGCUCAGACAAGACAACGGUAAUGACAUCAACCAGCGUCAUAUGACGUCAUUAUCUCGUCGACAGGUCUUCGCUCGUAUGGAAGGAGUGCGUUCAAAAAGUAAAACGCAGGACAAUUUCAAUGAAAACAACGUGACUUUUCAAAAUGUUAAUUCACAGAAUGAGAAGAUAAGAGUUCAGUAUCCACCUGAAAAUAUAAGUUCUUAUUUUGAAUCCAACAAUUUAACGAGGUUGAAUUCUGGAGAUUUUAUGCGCAUGCGCAGCGACGCAGGUUCAAGUCAUACAUCGAACUCGUUUUCGCUCCCUGACAUAACUAGCGACCCUUACCGAUCUAAUUCCAACGCAAAUUUGAUGAAUAACUCGAACAGAUCCGAUGAGGAGGGAACUAAUGCUGCCGAUAUAAUCGAUAGAGUGCCUGCUGGAAGCAUCAUACAGGCGCCGGAUAUCGAGUGUAUUCGGAUGGAGAUGAUGGAGACGUUAAGACGGGAGGUACGGGAAGCAGCGCGGGACGUCGCUUUAAACUAUUUGCAAUUGAGCGGAAGUGGCCGGGUGAUUCCGGAGGUUGACACCGAGCUUUACCAAACGCACCUGUACACGCAACUUUGAUACAAAGGUUGAAUACUUGACAGAGCAAGGACGUAGCUGUGUCGUCUUGUUUAAGUGCACAUACAUCAAUGUAUACUCUUUUAUAUUUGACAAUCAUACGUUGCAGUGAACGCCAUCGAAUAUCACUACUAUGUCUCAAGGUCAUGUUUUUCAAUUUAUCAGUGCUCAAUGUACCAUUAUUGCAUAUAUUUUUGCAUGUUUAGCGAGCUUUAAAUGCUGUUAAAGAUCUUGUGAUUGUGUGCUUAAAGGGGCCGUUCAACAGAUUAGCAAAAUGACACAAUUAAAAAAAGUUGUUUCAGAUUCGCAAAUUUUCGUUUUUGUUAUCAUAUUUUUGAGGAAAUAGUAAUACUGACCAUUUACAUGCUCUUAAAUAUCCAUUAUAUGUAUCGUUUGACGAUUUGAAAACCUGAAAAUUAUAAAGCCUCGUGCGACGCGAAACGAUUGAAUAAUUUGGAAAGUUUUGUUGUUGUAGUUAUAUUUUUGGAAACUACGAGGAUUGCUUAUAUAGGUCAAAAAUACAUUCGCUGUAAGCAUGAGCAUGGGUGGCCGAGUGGUCUAGGCGGGAGACUUUUUACUCCAGGACUCCAGGGGCUAGUGGUUCGAGCCCUGUUUAGGGUUACUUUUUUCCUUUUUUAAAAUGAUAUUCUUGUUUUUUACUGGAG